AUGUUUAAAUUUUUUUAUUCAAUAGAUUUUUAAAAUAAUAAUACAUGAUAGAUAGUGAUGAUCUGAGAUUCAAAAAAUAGGGUUUUACAAUGAGUUCUGUAAAACUGGAAAAAAGCUUAUCCCUCGAGGAGAAUGUUUCUCCUUUUAUAUGUUUUCUUUUGUCUGCUAGUGACGUGUAACAGAAUGUGUGUCAUUGGGCCACCUGUCCCUGUCGCGUUGAUAUGGACGUACGAGGAAAUCAGAUCGCUGCCCCAUGCGUAACGGCCCCUGAUUCUCCCGGACGCGCGUACGGGUGGUCUCGAGUGAAGGAUGGGUAGGUCUUCUUCCUGAUUCUGGGCCGGACCGGAAGAUAUAAUAUGGGCUGAACCCAGAGAGAAUUUUAUUCAUCGGGCCCAAAGGGCUAGGCCGGCCGGAUAAAGGAGAUUGAUGGGAGUCCGAUCUCCAGACUGAGUGGACCGGACUUGAUACAUGUGAUGAGGCUUGAGGGCCUCUAGAUGAUGGGCUGGUGUCGUGGGCCUGACCCCAGACCAGGGUGGAGAAAUCCAACGGUCAUCAAUUGCCCCUUUACCUUCUCGUCAGUUAUUGCCCGACUGAUGAGGGGGUAAAUACCAAGAAUCAUUAUGACCGCGCCUGUUUAUAUGCAGCUUGCUUCAUAACACCCUUUCACCUAAUUGUCAUUUUGACUUUCGAAUCCUCUCUAUCUUUUUCCACUUCUGGCUUUCCUCUGUUCCUCGUGCAUGCUGCCAUCUUCGCAUUCCUGCUUUUAUCUUCAAGCUUCUAAGAUGAAGAUAGAUCAGGUUAAGCCCCCUAAAAUUCUUACGCUGCCCAGAGGGAGUCUGAACGUUGCCUCGGACGCCCUCCUAGUAGGGCGAUCGGCGGGGUGGGUUACCCAACAAGUGGUCGAAGUCAUAUCGUCUAGGUCGUCCGGCCGAUCUCCUCCUCCUGCUCUUGCCCAAGCUCCGGAGUCGAGCUUUCAAGGUGCCGGAUCUUCAAGGCCGUCAGGUAUCGACAGGUCGGUCUUAACCGCUCUAGCUGUUCAAGCUCUCAGGUCCCCUCGGACUUCAAAGCCAAGCGAGGACUUCGGGUUGACGGGAGCGAAGCCUGCCCCCCCUUCUAGCGAUGCUUCUGGAGGGAGACUCGAGGCCUCCACAGCUGAGAUGGGGGUCCUUGCAAGCAGGACUGAGAUCGCCUCUGUGGGGAGUGUCCAUGGGGUCCUUUCCAAGGUCAGCCCAGCCACCGAGGAUAGGGAACUCAGUUUUGUAGAUGAUGGGGGUGUAGUGGAGAAGGUCAGGGGCAAGCGUCCCAUCCCCACCGAAGUGCUUGUCCUGGUUCGCGUUUCAAAGAAGUCUUGGGCUUUUAGAAGACCGGCUCCUGCUUUUCUUCCUUUCGGGGAGAAGGAGAAGCUUCCCGUGGUGCCCCUGAUGUCUGCUCCUAACUCAAACUCACGGAAUAACAUGAUUUCUGAGAUUUAUUGUGGAAUACAAGAUGCAGUUCACACACGUAACACAAAGCAGCUCAUGGCGGGCUCGUGUCAGGAUUUUGAUAUAGGGCGCUUGUGCUAUGAGAAACAGAGAUUUGCUGUACUCAGUCGAGCUUCUGUUGCUGCUUUCAAACAUGUGUUUCGUGAUAUUCAAAGUUUAGCUUACAAAUAUGCAAGUGAGGACAAUGCAUUAGUGACUAUGUUUAAAUCAGGAAGCAUGGGUAAUCUGCUAAAAUUAGUCCAACAUAGUAUGUGUGUAGAUUUGCAACAUUCACUUGUUCCAUUGCCCUUCAGAAUGCCUCGUCAAUUUUCCCGUGGAAUGUUUUGUUCAUUCAGUAACCAGUCGACAAUGUUGAUCUUCCUGGGACUUUAACUCGAAGACUUAUGUUUUUCAUGCGUGAUAUACACACAACAUAUGAUGGAAUAGUGAGAGAUGUUUGUGGGUAUCAACUUGUUCAGUUCUCCUAUGAUAACGAGACAGAGUUCAGCUGGAGUGUAAGGAGCGUCUAAGGGAGUAUAAGGAGUCCGCCGAGCUAAAAAGGGGGGGGUCCAGCAGACUUGUGAAGCUCAUCUUCCGAUCUGUAAAGAUUCUCCUGAAUUGACAGCUAAGAGAAUAGUGUAGGUAAUAGUGAUGUAAAUGUAGAUGAUAAUGUGCCUAGGCAUAUAAGUCCUUUGAGGAUAGUUUUUCUUUUAGUAGAGUGAGUGAUUAGACUGUAAAUCUUCUUUUUCUUUGAAUGAAAUGUCAUUUUCAUUUACUUUGCUUGUCAAGCCCAUCAGAACUAAAAUUCUCUCAAUUGACUGACUUUUGACUUAUGAAUCUAUCUGUUUCACUAAGGCAUUCUUAUUUGUAAGCUUUUUCAGUUACUAUGAGCUCGGGCAUACAGCCUUUGCUUAAUAAAAAUAGGUCAGAUCAUGUACCUUUAAAGGUGAUGAGCAGGGCUGGCCUUUUUGCUUUUAGUUCUGAUUUGACAGGAAUUAAAGCUGAGGUCUUAUCUGCUUACGCCAUUGGAUUUCUUCUCGAGUUGCCCCUUUACCUCCUCAACAUUUAUUACAUGAGUGGUGAGGGGUAACUCCCUAGACUUGAUUUGUAACAGCGCGGCUUUAUUUUAGACGAUUUUACCUCUCUUUCUGGUUAUGAGCUCGGAUAGCUGGUUCCGCUGGAAGUAACCCUUUGGCAUUAGGUGCGAUCUGGGCUGUAUGCUCCACUAGGAUGGGGAGUUUUUUUUUUUUUUUUUGGCUCAGUGUUUGUUUACUGUGAGUUGAUCCGAGCUGUGGGCAAAGUCUCUUGCUUUUGUCGUCAUCCAGUCAGCAGAUUAAGGAGCUCGGAGUUUUGUUUAUUGCUUAGGCUUUUGCGCUAUCUGUGCAACGGGCUCAGGAGUUCGGAAUUUUGUCUUCCUCACUAUGAAGUCGAUAUUUAAUUUCUUAAUUUCUUGUCAAGCCUUAUACGAGCUAUGUUCCAGGGCUCCUGGCCGAUUUCUGCUCUGGGGAGAUCUUGGAGACUCCGUCGGCCGUUUUUGUUCUAGGAGAUCUGACGGGAUCCUGGCUGUUUUUGCUCCAGGAAAUCUGACGGGAUCUUGGCCGUUUUUGCUCCAGGAGAUCUGAUGGG